ACUUCAGCCCACACGUGACCAAACUAGCAUCAAAGUUUUCCACUUCUCCAUUUUUCUACUACUACGUGAUAGAUAGAGAAAAAUGGCUUCCUCAACUCACAAACACCACCACCACCGCCCCACCACGGCAGCUCCGCCACCAACACCGUCAACUCAACACCCUAACACCCGCUCCACCUCAGACAUCGCCGCCGCCGACCUCUCUCUCCUCCUCCACCGCCUCCCCCCUACUCUCUCUCUCCCCGCCCGCCUCUCCCCACCACCCAAGGCCACUCUCUCUCCUCCCCUGAUCACAAUUCUCUCUCUCCAAAACCCCGACUACCUCUCCUCCCUCCUCUCCGCCUCUUCCCAACACGGUUUCUUCCAACUCACCAACCACUCCGUCCUUCCCCACCUCGCUCGCUCGGCCGAGUCCGACUCGCUCUCUCUCUUCACUCUCCCAAGAAACCAAAAACAUCUCCACUUCCCCCAAAACUGGCCGCUGGGCUUCGACUGUGACGACGACGACGAAGACGAGGACAACGGAACCGAGUCCUUUUGUUUUGACUCGACUUGUUCGACUGAGUCGACCGAGUUGUCGUUGGCUUCACUCGGUGAGUUCACUCGGGAGAUGGAGAAGGUGGGGUUGGCGGUUGUGGAAGCGCUAUCGUGCGCGGUGGGGUUUGGAAACCCGCUCCGAGAGAACCCCACUCAGGUCUGCUCGUUGAUGUGGGUAUCUGAAUGGUCAGCAGGUGACGAGCCGGUUGGGUCGGGUAAGUUUUACCCGUAUGUAGUCGGGUUGCAUUACCAAAUCAGGUGCCAGAGAUACUCGUUGCUGGCGGAUUCGGGUUCGGUUUCGGUCUCGCCCCAGGUUGACUCUAUCUUGGUCACGCUUGGCGAUAUUGCUCAGGUUUGGAGCAAUGGAAAGACAAAGAAGGUGAGAGGAAGACCCAUUCCAUGUCUUGAGAAUGGCGGCAAAAACGCCCGCUGCAUAUCCAUGUCGCUGCUGGUGACUCUUCCGCUAGAAGCCACCGUCUCUCCCCUCCUAAUUCCGAGGUCAACCCCUGCCGAUGCCAAAGACAGCCAAGUUGAUCAUAACGAAGAUGAUGGUGGUAGUAGUAGUUCUACGGAUACAUUCGAGAGUAGUACUAGAGCGUUUAAUUCCUUUUGUUUUGAGGACUAUGCGUGGAGAGUCUACCACGAACGCCUCCCUUCUAAGGACCCGCUUGAUCGAUACCGUGUCUAAAUUCUCGUAUUAUGACGGAUGCAUGGUGAUCAUACGGUCAUUUCUCAUUUUCAAGUGUUUGAUUUACAAUUUGUUGGUUUCUUGAUUGGUUGGAUAGAUAAUGAUGGUACUGGUGAAUGGUGAUUUGCUUUUCGUUCUUAA